GGCAACGCCCCGUGGCCCCUGGCACGCGCUUCUCGUUGGGUGAGAAACUCAAUGCAUCGUUCAUAUUGAUGCCCAGAUGGCUUUGGCCUUUGCUCUGCUUCGGCUGUGUGACUGCUGAGCGACCGGCCAGAAGCUACAGCGCGGCCUUAGAAACGGAUGGAGAAGGUCCCCCCUUUGGCUCGCCGGACGAUGCCGUGGCGGCAGAUUCCCCGGAGGACCUGGCGGCAGAGGUCCCGGAGUUGCCGGGAGAAACGCUGAAUGCUUCGGCAUGUCCACAGGCCCCUGUGCUCCGAUCGCUUUUGAAGCAGAUGGGGAUGGCUGAAGAUGAGCUGAAGACCAUCUUCGAAGAUCCAGAUGAUCCUCGCAAGAGGACUGUGAUCACCUGGAUCGAUUGCAACGUGGAAGCGAUCGUCUUAAAACGCCGGGAAGAUUUGAGGGGAGUCCUCAGUGAUGAUUUGCUGAAACUCCAGGAUUUGAAGCUUCUGGACCUGAGCAACACCGGCAUUGGAGGGAAUGUGGCCACCUUGCGAAAGGCAAGAAAAUUGAAGGAUGUUUGGCUCCAGGCGUCCAGAGUCUUUGGUGAUUUGGCGGUGCUGCAAAAUCUCACAAACUUGCAACAAGUGAGCUUCAGGGGAAGCGAAAUCCAUGGCGAUCUGUCUGCAGCCUUUAGCAAUUUACCAGAGUUCAAAUUUUUGGACCUGUCGGAGACCAAGGUGGGGGGCAAUUUGGCCGGAUUGCCUCAGUUUCCGGAACUCCGCAGACUGUACCUGAAGAACACCCAGGUCUUUGGGAAUUUGAAGACUCUGUCAAACAUAGCCAACAUUACGGCUUUGGAUCUCUCCAACACCAGUGUAUCAGGCGACAUUUCGGCAAUCUUGAAGUGGCCGAUGGUUCUUGAGGUGGAUCUUUCAAGGACGAAGGUGACCGGCAGACUGGGAAGAUCUUGGGCAAAAUGCUGCAAGAGAUUGCAUACGUUGAGGUUGGCCAACACACAAGUGAAAUUCGUUCCUUUGCGCCACGUGCCGUCGCCCUCCUGGAUGCCCGCGUUGAGUGUGCUGGAACUCAGCGGAAGUCCUCUGAAUUGCAGCAUCGCAGACUUGCUGGUUCGCGCCUUACGUCUGUGCAGAUCCUUGGGGAAUCUCAAAGUAGCCAGGUGCGGCCUCCACGGGCGACUGCCACGCCUGGGGCGUUUUGCCGUGGCGCGGGCUCUGGCCUCGUUGGACUUGGAGGGGAACCGACUGACGGCGGUGACGGCUCUGCCGCUGAUUUGCCAGACGGUGAUUCUGGCGGACAAUCAAAACCUGACUUUCAACCCAGGUGUUCUGAAGAAUGCACUUGCCAAUGGUGUUUUCUUAGACUUACAAAAUGUGACCUUUGCCAAGCCAGCCGAAGUGACAGAUUUGCUGGACACGACCCUCGAGAUCGGUAAAUACCGGACCUUGGUCAAUGAGGAGCUUGGCUUCGCAUGUUUUGACAUUGCCAGCGGCGUCUCGCUGCGCGUGUCGCCCGAGAAAUUUGCGCCGGAGCGCUUAUGCAGCUGCAUGCCUGGCUGGAUUGGUUCUGGGACCAGCUGUCGCAAGUGUCCCAGGAACUCCUUCAAGGAGGACUAUGGCCUUGGCGCAUGCCUUCCAUGUCCCUUGAACAGCAGCUCACCUGCCGCGGCGCGCUCGCACGACAGCUGCCAGUGCGAUGUGGGGGUGCUCUUCGAGCAGAAUGGCACGUGGAGAUGUGGAUGCCCCAAAGACUACGCACGCUUGGGCAAGAGCUGUGUGAAAUGUGACGAGUUGCACCUGGACUGUACUUAUGCUGGCUCUGAAGCUUUCUCCGCCUCAGCCCUGCCAGGCUUUGCGCGUUUGGGGCACCCCACGCGUGCGUUUCAGUGUCUUCCUCCCGAACUCCGCUGUAAUGCCACGGGACACAAAGCUGACGGGCCCACGGCGGUGUGUCUCAAGGGCUACAGCGGUCCAUUGUGCAUGGACUGCGCAGCCACGUACUACGCCACUGGAAGUCGUUGCGCACCCUGCUUGGCCGAAGCUGCAGUGGGCUGGUCUGCUUGGCUGGUGGCCGUGGUGGUGGUAGCAGUUGCUAUGGUUGCUGCUUGGUGGUUCUCCCGACGCAGCGCGACACCGGCAGCGUCGUUGUCGUUGUCGACAUCGCCGACGUCGUUUUCGGUGUUCAAGGAGUUGAUUUCGGCGCAGGGGCCGAUGCUGCUGCAGAUGUGCCAGCUCUGGGCCGUGCUGGCCGCUUUGAGUGGCUCAAAGACCGUCGGUCACGCCGGCGGCGAGUCGGACGUGGACGCGGGGGAGUUUUGGGAAGUGCCCUAUGUCCAGGCCCUUCAGCUGUCGGUGACCAACCUCAAAAGUGCUCUCAACCUGCAGUGCAACUACGAUGGAGCCGCCGUACGUUUUGCCUUGGCACUGGCGGCUCCGGUGAUUCCUCUGCUGCUGUUGCUCUGCUGCUUAGUCUGUGAGUUCUGGCGCCACGGACUUGGGAUCAACUUGGGACUUCAGGCCAUUACUUUGCUUUACAUCGGUGGUGCGCGGAGCUGUUCGGACCUGCUCAGCUGUCAAGAGACCGACGGAGCAGGGGACGCUCUCCCUCCUGGCUUCGCUUUCCGCCAAGCCAUGCCAUACUUCUGGUGCAACGACGAGUCGCAAGUGAAAAGAUACGUGGACUUGGUGGGCUACGUGAGUGCACUCUGCUACGCCCUGGUGAUUCCUUGCUGCUUACUCUAUCUCUACGCAAGGCAGCACAUCGCCUUGCAAAGCAGCCGGAUGAUUGGCGCCGCUGCAGCUCACUCGGGAGAUCUACGGGUGUGCCUCUAUCAGGUCAGAGGAUCCUCAGUGGAUCCACAGGACCUCUGCGGCGACAGCGACCGCCGGCACCUGGCCGCGCUGACGGCCUACGUGGCGGUGCUGCUGCGGGGCCGCGUGGAGCUGCGCCUGGAGGCGAAGGAGGCUCUGGCGCGACCAUUGGAAGGUGCAUCUCACUCAGAUCUCUGGGAUUUCCUGGCGUCGGAUGUGAAAGAGCGGAGCAUCACCUUGAAGUGCCGCAGCAUCACAGAGAUGUUGACGGAGAGAUGUAUUCUGCAGGAAGUGGAACAGUCAGACAGGGUCUUAUCUGGAGCCAAAAAUCUACUGCUGAAGUACACCCUCUGUGGCAACCUUUGGAUGGAAAUCGUCCAAAAGUUGGUGGCGGUAGGCCUGGUCUCAGUUGUCGGCAGUCUCGAUGCGUUGCAACUGUCCCUAGCAAUCACCUUGGCGAUGGCUGCCAUCAGUGGAAUGGUGCAGCCGUACUUGCUGCCGCAGUUGAAUACGCUGCAGUGUUGUUGUUUCCUAUGCUUGGCCCUGGCCGCCUUAAGCUUCGACUUCGGCUGGCCUUUUUUGAGUCGUUCCGCGCUGCUGCUGCCCUUCGUGGUGAGCGCCUUGCUGGCCCUGGCCACGCCCGACAGCGCGGAGCGUUUGGCGGUGAGGCUGUGGCAGGAAGUGGAGCCAAAGCUGGGGCAGCUGCAAAAAGGUCAAAGUGUGGAGAUCAAUGCAGAGAUCUUGAGCUUUUUCUGAGCGCUGGGAAAAACCAUGGACCGCCGGGAAGGAACAUCCAGG